AUGUCUCGUCCUCUCGUCGUAGAUGUCCAUACCCAUGUCUACCCUCCAGCCUACAUGGCCAUGCUCCGCGCUCGCAAAACAGUUCCCUACAUCCACGACCCAGCCAGCGGAGAACCACGCCUAAUUAUCCUAUCUUCAGAUGACGACCCCUCAAUCCCAAUUGAUCAACGCGGUCGUCCGGUCGACUCAUCCUAUUCAGACACCAACGUCAAGCUAGCAUUCAUGCAACAGCAUGGCAUCGACUGCAGCGUAAUCUCCCUCGCAAACCCAUGGCUGGACUUUCUUGAUCCAGCCGAAGCCCAGAUAUGGGCUCAGCGGAUCAACGAUGAUCUAGAAGAGACCUGCGCGCGGGUAACCUCUAGCUCAGAUAAGGCACUGCCAUUGCAAGGAAGAUCAACUCUCUUUGCAUUUGCAGCUUUGCCACUGAGUGCACCCGACCCUGAAAUAAUCGUGGAUGAAAUUAAGAGACUCAAAACCCUGCCUCACAUUCGCGGUGUGAUAAUGGGGACAUCGGGGCUGGGAGCCGGUCUGGAUGAUGAGCGACUUGGGCCAAUCUGGGCCGCUUUGGAAGAAACACAGCUUCUGCCUUUCUUGCAUCCUCAUUACGGUCUUCCGAGUGAGGCGUUCGGUGGCUCGGAGGCGAUGAGUCGCUACGGUCAUGUGCUUCCUCUGGCUUUGGGCUUCCCACUCGAAACUACCAUUGCGGUCACUCGCAUGCUGUUGUCUCGGGUCUUUGAUAAGUUCCCUCGCUUGCAGAUUCUGCUGGCUCAUUCGGGUGGCACGUUGCCUUUUUUGGCCGGGCGCAUUGAAAGCUGUAUUAUGCAUGAGCGGAAGUUUGUCGCUAAUGGGGGCGACGUUCCCGGGCCGCAGAGAAGUAUCUGGGAGGUUUUGAAAACGAACAUAUUCCUCGAUGCAGUGGUAUAUGGAGUCGCUGGGCUGAAGGCGGCAGUCACGGUUGGAGGAGGCUCUGAUCGCCUCAUGUUCGGGACCGAUCAUCCAUUCUUCCCGCCCCUAGAUGAAGGUGAGAAGGAAUGGCUCAGUGUAACAACCAACUAUAAAGCCAUUGAUGAGAAUUUUGACGGGGAGAAGGAGGCACUGACUGCUGUUUUGGGUGGAAACGCCUCUCGUGUUCUGAAUCUCGAGUAA